AUGGCGCCCAUGACAUAUUCUUCAGGGUUCCCGCUGGGACAGCAAAACCUCCCUCCUACUGAUGCUCCACCUAGCCGCCUCCAUGAUGUAGAAAUUAUAGAGAUUGAUGACGAUGAUGACGACGAUGUGGACGAGGAAGAGGAAGAGGAAGAGGAAGAGGAUUUAGAGAACGAAGAAAACGACGACGAAAGCGAGGAUGAAGACGAGGAAGAAGAGGGUGACAACGAGGACGAGGACGAUAUUUUGACUGGAACUGACUCCAUGGAAGAGAAGAGUUCUGAUUUAGGAGAAGCUGAGCAAGAUGUUUUGGCUCUUUCAUCUGGCCCAGCUUCCCCAGGUCUACUGACACCGGCCGAUAUACAACAAGUCAUAAACCCGCUUCGAAACACAGCAAAUCGCGUAACAAGCCAAAUAGAAGCCUUUGCUCAAAGCUUAAACCAGUUUAAACAACACGACCAUGGCUCGGGUGACCCGGGAACGUUUCUCGAAGCCUGUAAAUUGGUCCAAAAAUACAAAAAAAUUGCGGAAACGACUGCGAAGGAAUUGUCAAAAACCAGCACCCUUCGAAAAGUAAAGCAAUCAACAAAUAAUCGAGAAUCUGGAUCUAGUCAAAGCCCCAAUCGUGCGAAAUUAGAUGAACAGAUCAGGCGAUGGCAGCUGGAAGCCGAAACUUGGGAGUUAGUGCUUCAAAUGAUAUCUAUCGAUGAUCCUGAUUCACGCCUCCGAGUGCAAAAAGCUCAGCAGACCGUCCUGCAGUCGCUGCAUCGAUAUUCUACGGACCAGGAAGUCUGGAAUAAAUUCCUCGAGGCGGAUCAUUUUGCAUCGGAGAACGUCAUUGUGCUGAAAUGGCUGGAGCAAACUGCAAGGUCGUCACCCCAAGAUAUUGAUGCGCUAAUUUCUGAUUUGGAAACUCAGGCUGAGAGAGGGCAAGGACUCUGGGCUCAUGGCUGGCUCUAUACAAAGGAGGCAAUUAAGGGGGCAAAGCGACUGCGGUCUUGGCCCCAACCAUUAGAGCCUAAUGACCCGGGGCUUACGAUGUCUCUACUGAAUGUGGAACAACAGGAACCCUUAGUCACUCAAUUAGAUCCUGAUGCUGUCACCCGACAACAACACGGACUUCAGAAACAAGAUCAGUUUUAUGAGCAAGCUGCAUGGCUCACUUGUUGGAAAUUGCUCAGGGAGGGCCAAAGCUGGAAGCACAUUCGAGAAUGGUCUCAUGAACGAUUGGAAAACUGGAGGGCAAUCAGUGUUUGCGGUAUACCCGGCGAUUCACCCUCUCAGGACGGAAAAGCUGCACAAUCUGGUUUUACUCGACUGAUGAGUUAUCGAUUUCAAGAGUCAUGGAGAAACGCGUGUUUGGCGCUUGCUAAUAAUCCUGCGACUAACGCCUUUGAGAAGGCUGUCUAUGCGCUUAUUUGUGGCGAAACAGAGCCGGCGUACGCUAUUUGCCAGGGCUGGGGUGAUUACAUUUAUGUCUACUUUAAUCAUUUAAUCCUUGCGAGAUACCGUGAAUUUUGCAAGCAAUUUCAUCGGAAACUGAGCUUCUCUCCGACCACCGAUGUGGCUCUAUCCAUCGAACCCGCAGCGUACGCCAAUAUCAAUAUCUUCCUGGAUAACGUUAGAAGAAACGAGAGAACCGCAGUUGAAGCCAGGAACCCUUAUCGCACUAUCCAAGCGGCUAUCCUGAGCAAAAACUACAACCACUUCUUUUUCCAUCAGGCGAACGCUGUUUCAAAAGCCGCCAGUAUCUCGAACAAAGCAACUCUCGUUCCGAAAACUGUAAUCACUAAUGUUGAUGAUGCUUGUCUUAUUGCUGCUCGGGAUGACGAUGCCAUGCGUAUCAUCAGCCAUUUGUUCCUCAUCCUACAAUCACUUGGAUAUGUUCGCACCGACUCCCUUUAUGUUCAAACCGCCUGCAUCAAUAUCAUUAGCUACAUCAAUCUCCUGCGCAAAGCUGGCAAGCUUGAACUCAUACCACUUUAUGCAUCGCUUCUCCCCGAAAAUGCAGCACAUAUGGUUCUUGGAAAAGUGCUGAUCGACAUCGUUGAGCCAAAAGAACGGGAAAAGCAAGUUACGAUAAUGAAGCGGUUAAAUAUCAAUCUCGGAGCCAUUGUGGAGAGUCAAUGGCAAUUGGUCACUGCCCAGGCUGAUGCUAAGGAAGAUAAAACGACGACUAUUCGGUUGAAGAGGAGCGUCAUCAAUCAAGGAAAGGGCCCAGGGAGAAUCGGGCCCAUCAAAAAGAAUCUCAUUGGUCGGCGCGUUUCGCAUGAGGACGAGUAUUUGAUCCGUUGUUUGGAAUGGCAUCGCUACGCAGAUGAUCAACUGCAAAAUAUUUGCCCGAGAGGGUCACAUCUCUAUAAGCGGUUUUUGGGUGCUGGACGGCUUGGUGCAGCACGUGAGCUUUAUAGGCGUGUCCGCGUUGAGAUGGUUCCCGGUGAUAUUACAGGACUGGAUAAAUCACCAUACGAUAUCUUGAAUUGUGGGGAGAAUGGCAUUGACGACCCAGCAAAAGCAAGUCCGACGAAAAGCCCUAUGAAAUCGGGAAUCCAAAGACGGCGUCCAUUAUCGCGCGGUCAAAGAGCGGAUCUCUAUCUCCAAUCACACACAAUGCGCGAUCUAGAAUAUCUCAUCGCUGCCUUUGUCAGCUUGGAGACUUGGGCAAACCGGAUGGAUGAAUAUGAGCAUCUAUCCGAUAAGCAGCAGGCGAAAGAGUUCCGGAAAACGCUACAGGAAACUGUAGAUUCAAUCACAGAGUGUAUCGAACCCCUUUUCGGAGACUGGCUCGGCUACCCGAAAGACGACGCGGAAGCAACCGAACUCGAAUUCAUAAAAUCAACCUAUCUCCCCGAGGUCAUUUUGGCCUAUCACAGCGCGAUUUUCUUCGCAGGACACACGAUUGGGCGCGAAGUGCUCGCUCAGUGCAUGACGCUUGCGGCUGUCAUAGCCUCGUCUCAAAUUAUGACAGACAGCUUCUUGGCAUCUGGACGCAUGUGUGAAUUGGUAGAUGUGCUGGCACUAUCGAGCGUUGCGCUCAUGAGCUCCAAGGACUCGAAGCCGAAGAAGAAGUCAGAGGACGGUGCAUGCCUUGAUAUCUGGAAGAUCAAACCGCAGCAGGAUCUGGAGAUGUCUUAG